AUGCGGUACUAUCCCGCCCUACAACUGCUGCUAAUACUACAAGAACAUCAACAAAUAGUGACCACGUCGUGUUUGGUGUGCCAGGAGUUUCUUCUGACAAUAGCAAUGCUCAUCAACAAGACGAAGAUGUUGGGCAGAAUUAUUAUCCUGCUCUCAGUUUCACAUCGCAUUCUCAGCAAGACGAGCAUGGUCAAAAUCAUUAUCCUGCUUAUAGUUAUACAUCUUCCCAGCAAGAUGUUGACUAUGGGGGAGCGCAAUAUACUCCUGCUCCCACAGGAGCUCAGCAGCGUGAGAAUUUUAGCAGCCGUGCGAGCAAAAACAAAAAAUGCAGUGAUCCUAAGUAGAAGAUUGCAAAAGUACCGACCCCGAUAUAAAAAACAGGAAUAUCCGAACAACAGAACCCAUCAGCGCGCACAAGGUGGUGCUGGUGAUCAAUUUCACAACCUACAACAGCGGUCACGGUAUUCUACCUGUCAACAAUACGUCGCGAAAAUAUUUUAUGGAAGCAUGUACUUUAUGUAAAUGUGCAUUUUUUUCAGGCAACUUACGCGUGUCUCUGUCUAUAUUCGCCAAAGAUAGCUCUCGACUGGUUUUCUUGUGGUCUCUUGAUUUAAAUCUAACGGGUUGAGCUUUUGCUCGUGCCGCGCUUUACGGAUCUAAAGCCAGAGGAGAUGCGGUUACCGUUGCGAGCAGGUGAGUGCCGAGUGCAGCUGAGACAGGCUCUUUUCGCACCCGACCUUGUUUGAUGGAAAAUUGUUUGUACUGCAGCUUUGAGUGUGAAAAAACAGUAGUUCUUGAUAGAAGUAGUUCUUGCUAGUGUUCGCCAGAAACAGUAGUUCUUAGUUCUUUGUCCUGCUAAAACAAAAACAUAGCUGCAAGCCACAUCAUGCACUCAUAAGAAACAUAUUGGUUUUGAUAUUGACCCACUACGACUACGGGUAGUUGAUUCUCCGACGAUGAAUCAUGAAAUUUCGUAGGUACUAUUACAAGUGAUGGCACAAACCUUGUUGUACAACAAUCGAAUAAACGCCUGGAUCAUAAAAACGCGUCUGAUGACAUAUACGGCCUCUGUUCUAAAGCUAAACGACAUGGAAGAAGUCGCACAUGCAUACGAACCGAAUCUUUAUUAAGGAACAGUGGCUUGGUAGAGAGUACCUGUGCAGAGAUGCGUGUCUACUUACUUAAUUGCCGUAUCUUCAGCAACUUCCAGUAGCGCGCAACGCUACUUAGCGAGAUAGCUGCGCCAAGUUUAUCUCAAGCGUGACUUUGAAAAAAAUAUACGAACCACCUAAAAGAACAGCGGCACAAAGCUUAAAAAGUCGGGGGCUGUGCAUGCGCAAAGAGAGUCGUGCCACCCACAGCGAAAGCAUGAUGAUCUCAACACCACUUAGAUCAAAUAUCUAAUUUUCUUGUUGAGAAUAUUGUCCUAAAUACGUCGAGACUUACUACAAGCAACUUUGAUUAUGUUGGUGCAUGGAUUAAUGGCGUCCUUCGGAUUAACUCUUAGAUUCUUGAUAGAUUAUAUCCAAGGUGAAUCUCCAAAUUAAAACUUUUUCUACAUCAAAGAAUAGAGGAUAGAGAGGCGUAAGUGAUCAUUUAUAGCACGAAUAAGGAGGUAACGAAAAAAGAUCUUUGAUAAGACGGUUGGAAUGAAUGCAUGCUAAACAUCUAGUAGAUCGUGUUGAAUAGCUAGAAAUUAUAGCUCUUGUUCUUGUGUUGGUCGCACACCAAAACUCAUAGCAAACUUGAAUCACUUUCAGCGCUUGUCUCUACGGGUGCUACGGCCAGCACUAUCAGAGAUAUACACACAUGACGAACUUGAGUCACAUCUGCCUAGAUGUUUCACUUGAUUCAUCACAUCUUGAUUCACUACAUGUGCAUAAUUUGUCUACUGCGACAAACUAACACUUCUGGAUCCAACGUUCUCCUGUGUAUUGAAAAGGUGAAGAAGGUUGCUGAACAAGAAUAUUUAAAUUGAACUUACUUUUGUGUUGACAAUGAAAAAAUGCCAGCAUUCCCUGCUGAAACAAAACAUUACGGCUGCGACAGUAUUAUGGAAUCAUCUGAAAUUAUACUUUACUGCGACAAGAUGAAAUGUUCUGUAG